AUGUACGUGCACCUGAUCAGGGGAAAAUCCGUAGCCAGGGUUUGGCGCUUUGUUCCCUGCUUGGUCGUACUGCUCGUGACGGCUGUGGUCCUUGGCCUCGUUUGGGACCCAUUCAUAUCUGUUCUCCUCACCGUUGUGAUGCGAAAGCAUCAGCUAUAUGCGCAAUGGGAUGCUCAAACUCUCCAGGAGUGGAAAUGCCAAUGGAAACUACUAUUUGUGGCCCCCACCGGACUUGUGAUAGCGAUUGCUAUCUUCGUGUUUGUAGCACUUGAGAGAGACAAUACGGACACCGCGGCGACACAGAACGCCGUAGAUAACGGAUCUAACGACGAUACCGCGGCAGUACAGAACCCUGCGGACAGCGAGCCCAACGACGGUACUGCAAUGGUACAAUGCGCCGUAAACAACAGAUCGAAUGACGUUGAUUUGGAGAGAGAUGCAGGAGACAAUGGAGACGAUCAGGAAACCCUACCUGUUAUCAGGCGAGCGGCAUUAGGGAUUCCUGUUGUUCUGGAACCCGGUAAUCUCCUCCAACUCCCCGAAGCAGUUCUGCAGGAAUCCCCCUGGUCAACAGAAACCGCAUCAGACCUGCUAGCUGUGGCUGGCCAUGAUUGGACUCCUGAUAUUCGUUCAAGCCAACGUUGGGCUUCAACUGCUGUCUGGGACCCUGCUGAAGCUUUGAAUGCUCACUCGAGCCAUUCGCGAGCUGUUAUCCCUGCCGAGGUCCUUAAUCAGACUUGUAUUACUGGCCCAAGUCAUUCUCAGGGUUCAACUACUCUUUCAGGCCAUAAUCAAAUUCUGAUUGCUCGCCCGAUACAUGGACGAAGUUUGUUCCCUGUGAGGUACCCUCGGUGUCAGGAAGUUGGCGCAACCCUUAGUCGAGCUUCGAAAGCUCGCUCAAUCCAUGAUCGAUCUCCGAACACCUCCCCGAGCUCUGACCAGAAACCUAUGGCUCUGCCAGUGUUCGGUCGGGCUCCCUCUUUUAAGCCUAGCUCCAAUCCCGCUCCGAUUGCUUAUCAGAGCUAUAAUCAAGCUUCUGAUUCUUCAUCAACUCCUGAUCAAGCUUUAAAUCAACGCUCGAUCUAUAAUCGAUGUUCGAAUACUCCUCCAAGCUUUAAUCAGGAUUCCGUGGCUCUCCACAACCCUGAUCGGGAUUCCUUUGCUGAGCCCGACUCUAUUCACCAUCCAACCGCUUUUCAGAGCUAUGGUCAGGCUCUGAAUACUCCACCCAUAUCUUGUUAUGCCAAACUCACUCUCCCGCCCCGUAGUCGGUCUAUGGACGCUAUACAUAUCAACCCUCGUUGGGAGGUCGAGGGAUACUUUGAUUUGCCGGAAUUCGACGCAUACUUUGAUUUGCCGCCGGGCACUCCGUCUCCCGAACCAUCGAGACGACCCGACUGGACUCGCAGGUCCACGCUGCUGUCAAGAUCCGGCAGAUCGAUACCUCAAAUAUCUCCCCCUGCCUCGAGGUCUCCGGGGUCUCCGCCGAAUCCUUCUACAUCCAUGGCAACACCGUCUGAGCGGAAUGUUCCAUCUUUCGAGGAUCAGAGGGCUUCGCGCCGGGCUUACAAACAAAACUGA